AUGGAGCCCACGUCCAUCGACUCGGUGGUCCUCGAGCAUCCCGAAGACAUGGACAUGCCUACGCCCAACACCCCGGCCAUCGACUCGAUCCCGGCCGACCGACCGAAGCCCAAGGGCAGACAGCGGCUCCUCAGCGGCCUACAACGGAUGGGCUCCUCGCCAAGCCUGAGCCUGGCAGCCAUGGGCAGGACGCGAUCACACAGCCUGCGCAGCCAGCCCAAGGCUUCCCUGUCUUGCGUCUCGCUGGCAGGCACCGGCUCGUCGUACGGGCACUCGCUCGGCACCUCGUACUCGUCUGAGCUGUCCAACGGCUUCUCCACGGCACCCACCUCCGUCGCCAACAGCCCGCCCGGCAGCCCGUUCUACGAUGAAAUGUACCGCCUGAGGAUGAGAACACCAGACGUCGCGUCUUCUGUGCCUCUCCCAUCGAGUCGACGACCCCACUCGAGACACGCCCUGGACGCCGAGGGCGACUACUUCUCACAGCCCUUCCGCAAGACGGCCCCGAAGAAGCCAGCCCUGAACUUCUGGGGCGACAUGCCGGCCGAGAUCCGCAUGCAGAUCCUCCAGUACCUCCCGCCCAAGCAGAUUGUCAGAUGCUCGCGCGUAUCCAAGUCGUGGCACGCCAUGUGCUUCGACGGCCAGCUGUGGAGCGACUUGGACACCACCAAGUUCUACCGCAACAUCUCUGCAGACGCCCUGAUCAACAUCAUCACCUCAGCCGGACCGUUCGUAAAGGACCUGAACCUGCGCGGCUGCGUUCAACUACGUGAGCAGUGGAACAAGAACGGCUUCCUCGAAGCCUGCCAGAACCUCGAGAACUUCUCGCUCCAAGGAUGUCGAAUCGACCGAUCGUCGAUCCACACCUUCCUCCUCUCAAACAGUCGUCUUGUCCACGUCAAUCUGUCUGGCCUGGCCGGUGCAACAAACGCCGCCAUGGAGAUCAUAGCUUCGAAUUGCCCCAGGGUGGAGGUGCUCAACAUCUCUUGGUGCAAUAGCAUCGACAACUGUGGAUUGCUCAAAGUCGUUCAGGGUUGCCCAAAGUUACGGGAUUUGCGCGCUGGCGAGGUGCGAGGCUGGGAUGAUGUCGAGCUCAUGACCGAGCUCUUCAACCGCAACACGCUUGAGAGGCUGGUCCUGAUGAACUGCGACAGCCUCAGCGACGAGUCGCUUUCCGCCCUCAUCGAAGGCGUCGACCAGGAAAUCGACGUUCUCACCGACCGGCCCAUCGUCCCGCCCCGCAAGCUGAAGCACUUGGAUUUCACGCGCUGCCGCACCAUCACCGAUGUUGGCGCAAAGACGCUCGUUGGCAACGUUCCGUUCCUCGAAGGUCUCCAGUUGUCCAAGUGUGGAGGUUUGACAGACGACACAUUCACUUCUCUGCUCCCCACACUGCCGGUCCUAACCCACCUCGAUAUCGAGGAGCUCGACGCACUUUCAAACAACGUACUCAAGACCCUCGCAGAAGCGCCCUGCGCCGCACACCUCAAACACCUCUGCAUCUCUUACUGCGAACACCUCGGCGACUCUGGCAUGCUUCCCGUGUUGAAAUCUUGCACCGGUCUCACGUCCCUGGAAAUGGAUAACACCCGCGUCUCCGAUCUCGUCCUCACCGAAGCAGCAGCCAGCAUGCGCAACCGCAACCGCCUUGCCCGUGCAUUGUCCGGCUCCGAGCGUCCGCAAAUCGGUCUGCGCAUCGUCGCCUACGACUGCGCAAACGUAACAUGGACUGGUGUCCGCGAAGUGCUGUCUCGCAACGCAGAGAUCUCACGGCCGUCGCCCACCGCCGUGUCUCAAAAAGCCACCUACCCACGUGAAGUCAUUGGUUUGAAAUGUUUCUACAGCUGGCAGCCCACCGUCGAAGAACACACCAAGCGAGUGCUGAGGGGAGACUUUGCCGCAGCGGCGAGGCUGGAGCGCAAGUGGACGGACUGGAUGAUGAUGAACGAGGAAGCGGGAGUGGGCGGUGCAGGUGCGAGGCGUCGUCGUAGAAGGGCUCGAGAAGCGCAGAUGAUGCACGCAGAUGAGGAAGAAGGCGGUGCUGGUACGGCUGGUGGUGUUGGGCGCAGGCGACGUGCGAGGAGUGGCCCUGGCGGCUGCCUCGUCAUGUGA